CAUGUUGGGCAAGAAUAUGCAAUUAAGAUCAUUGUCAUUGUCAUUAUAACGUUAAUUCUUUUUUGAGUCCAUGUCGGCAAAACAAAUGCUAUAAUUUCUUCCACAGCAACUAUCCAAUACUAUAGUGUUGUGACGCGCUCUUUCGAAAAAGACAAUAACUGUUGUGAAAAAAUAGAAUAGUGAUGUUGCAUAUGUAUACAACCAAACAACAUACAACCAUUGAGCACCCUUCAAAGCCACACUCAGCAAGGCUGUAAAACUAAAGACAAUAAGCUCUUUUCUACACUAAUAAUUACCAGGGCAAUGCAAAUGGUUUUACAACAUGCACAUUUUUCUGCGAAUGAUCGAGUUUGGCACAAAGGUAACGUAUCACAUCUUCUUGAGAGUGAUCUGAAUUCGUUGGUCAUAGGUUAUGCUGAGUGACUGUGUUGAUUUAAAGAUUACCUCACCUUUGAAUAUUUGCCAAAGAGCAGUACAACGGAUAAGGCGCUUAAAGUAACGCAUAAUUAAAAAGAUUCACUACAUAUAUUACAGUAUCUCAGACAGGACCUCUCCAUGGUGCUGAAUCGGGAAUCACCAAUAGUGAGCAUCUGUGACAGGACCUCUCCUUAAUGCAGAAGCGACUCCUGGCAGUUAGAAGAUGUACUUGCAGAUUUAGUCCGCACCGCACCCCAUAUCGCCUUCCUUCCUCUUCAUGUGCUGCAGCACCUUAAUCCGAAAACUGUGCUAGAAGCAGAGAUUUGAGGAAUAGUUCUCAGUUUUCAAUGUGUUCCUUGCAUGGGUUUUGUAUGGCGCCAGCAUUUUCGCUUGUAAAACUGUCUAUGCAGCGACUAUUUCGCUAAUGGAAAAGUUAUUGCGUUUACCAGCAUACCCCCCCAAAUGUCUGUAGCUAGAUAUUUGUUGUUGUUUCAGACAACUAUCUGCACAGAUGCAGAGUCGUGGCUUUUGUUGUAGACUACCAGUUUUUCUGGAUGCACCAGCACAGGUGCGUGAUGGGAAUACGUUCUCACCUGGACGGACGGGUGACGUCACUCCGCACAGGCGUACUGCACAUUACGAUCGCCAUUUUGGAGAGGAGGAGCUGACAGAUGGCAGCGUUCGGAGUCUGACCGUCAAGGACAUCUUCACGCCAUUAAGAAGAGGAAUGCUCUAGUGAUAUACAUUAAGAGGAAAGAUGGAGUAUUUACGGAAAGUUUGGUGGCUGUCCUUGCUGCUCUUGUCCGCCGGUGACGCCUACCAGGGAGAUGAAAAUAUAUCGUCUCUCCUGAAGCAGCUGGAAGAAGAGCUGGUGCAGGGAGCGGAGCCGGUGUGCGAGGAUCUCUUCAGGACUGAUCUCAACCAGAUCAUCCAGACGACGAAAUCCCUGGAGAACAAGGCGGUGUUCCUGGACUCUCCCAUGGAGAUGGUGGACCAGGAGACGUGUUUAGAGACGUGCUGCGCCACGGACGGCUGCGACACCGCGGUGUUUGAGAGCGGAGGCGGCGCAGGAAGCGCUGACAGCAGCAGGAACUGCUACCUGUUCAGCUGCCAGGGCAGGUGUUCCUUCGCCUCGCACUCCGGCUAUCUCAGCAUGAUGAAGCGGGACCCGGGAGACCUCGAGCCGCUGCCUGCAGAGCCUGGUCUGGAGAGUGAGGGUGAGGGGGUGAACCGGCCCGUGACCAGUGUGCCCACCACAAAGGCAGUCACUACACACCGCGUCCCUUCCACCAAGAGGCCACCGCCUCCCACCACCAGGCCUCAAACACAGAAACCUCAGACUGUUCCUGUACCCGAACCCACCAAGCCACACGGUAGGCUGUGGCGGAGCUCAAAACUGUACAGGUUGAGAUUCCCCCAGCCGGUGCAGCCUGUCGUGGCACAACCUGCAGUACAACCCCAGCCGCAGCCUGUGCAACCCCCGGAGUGCAAGAGAUGGGAGUUCCAAUGUGAUGACGGCACCUGUAUCCACAUGGCUUAUGUAUGUGACAGCCUGUUCCAGUGUGUGGAUGGCUCAGACGAGGCAGUGUGUCAAGGAGUUACUCGGCAGCCGGAAGCACACAAGCUCCCAGAGGUACCAGAUGGUAACCAGGCGUCGGCUGAAGAAGCACCAGUUGAGCCUGAGCCAGUGUGUGAGCCUGUGAGGUGCCGCAUGUACUGUGCCUAUGGCUGGGACACAGACUCCAGGGGAUGCGAGAUCUGCAAAUGCAAAUUUCCAGAUUUCCUUUCUACAACAGUGCAGCCUGUGUAUGGUGGAAAGCUGGUGACGGUUGCUCCCACAAAAUCAGCCACACAUGGUAAACCUCAUCAUACCUCAUCCAAGCAUCACUCCACAAAACAUACCCUCCCACCCAAGCCAGUUUUGCCAAUAAAACACCGGCCAUUUAUUACAGAGGAGCCACCCGUUGGUAACGGCAGUCCAGAUUUGUCUGAAUCUUCUGACAAGAACCAACAACCACCACAUGUGAAAUCCACCCAACCACCAAAGCCUGCAGAAAAGACAGCAAAGGCAGCGGCACAAGCCCCCCAGGGCAAGCCUGGCGUACAGGUCUCAGUUGUGGAGGUCAACAUUAGUAACGAAAAAGGAGCCCCUGCUGUACCAAACCCCGCAACCCCUCCUCCUGUGGCUCAGCCAGGAAAGGCAGAGCCUCCAACCAACCAGGAGGCUACACAGUCAAAGAAGGGGUUAAAUGCCACACCAUCGCAUCUUUCCCCGGCAUCUGGUGCAGUUCUACCCCUGGCUCUGGGGCUGGCAGUGACGGCCCUGCUGUUGCUGGUGGUAGGGUGCAGGCUGAGGCAGGUGAAGGGUAGGCUGAAGUAUGGCAGGUCACUGGCCACUAAUGCAGAGGCAGACUAUCUUAUCAAUGGCAUGUACCUUUGAACCCAAGCAGAUCAUUCCAUCAAUAAGGUAGACGCUUAGAAACUUGUAAAAGCUGAAAGCUGGUGGCUAGCAGAAAAGGAAUUUGGACAGUGGGACUUCGGACAAGUUGGUAUCGAGUACUGUUGGUAACAAAAAAAACAACAAAGCUUAACGCAUUGAUUAUUGAUAAAUUAGAACAUUGCUCAAGAAAGUUUUAAGGGUGUUACCCAUGUACCUGUAAUAUUCUGCUACAUUUGGGACAUUUCUUUUAUGUGUUGCAGGCUAGUAGAUACCACUAUGUACUGUAGAAUUCUUGGAGAUGUUUUAUACCAGCUUGAAUCCACUUUCACUAACACAAUCUAAGAAACAAUCUGUGACAUUUCACAGGCAUGUCACUUUGCUCAGCAAAAAGAUAUUUAUAUAUACACACAAAAAGGUGGGAGUCUUGUAAGGUAUGGUUAUUCACUGUGAAGUAACUAUUAGUGCUUCUUGGGUUUUACAGCCCAAAAUCUCUUCUUCUGUAAAAACUGCACAAAGUUGACCACUUUUCUCUAACUUGCCUCUUGAUGUGGCAGCAGUAUCAAAGAAACCACGUUUCAGUCAAGUAUUCUUGAAUGAAAUCAUUGAAUUGCAUGUGGUUUCAUACUAAUCAUGAAUGUAAAUUUGUAAAUAUAAUUUGUGUCCCUACAUUGGUAUAGAUGGUUGCUAUUUAUGAUAUAUCUCAUUUCGUAUAUAAAAUAAAGGUAUGCAAUUUCAAUGUUCUAUAUUGAUUUUCAAGUGUAUUUAGUGCAAUGUCUGGCACAUUUGGUGUAUUGUACUAUCAAUCGAGCAUAGAUACUAUAUUAUGUGAAUCUUGUUUCUUGAAUCAGCUAUCUUGAAUCAGCUAUCUUGUAAUAUAACUUUUGGUCAAUGAAAAUUUGGAUAGUGUAUGGUUUUGUGGUCAUAUUCUUGUUCAUGGUAUGCAUGGUAGUGUUUUCAAAUUGAUACUAUUGGAGAAUGGCUUUGAUAUUUGCAGGUCUGAAGUACAGAAUGGUCCUUGAAUGUCUAUUAAAUGUGUGUAGGUAGAUAAAUAUGAGAUGGAUGUAUCACAACUCUAUCGUGUGAUGUGCCAUUAGAUGUAAUAUAAAGCUUUCCUAAAUGAUGGAACUUUUGCAACUUCGAUUCUAAAUGUAACCAGGAUGCAAUAUUAUACAUGCUGCAAACAUUUCAAGUAUUGGAAUAGGACCCUACUGGUGACGACUGUAUGUGCUUUACUACUAGUAUGUUGGUAGAGUGGAGUCUGUCGCAAGGUGUUGUACACCCUUCUGUGAAUGAGGAUUAUUAAACAUUGUCUUAUGAGGGUAAUUCUAUCUUCUUCACUUUGUUGAACUGGCAGUAGUGCAUGUUAAGCACUUCAGUAUCAGGAGGUAAUGACAAUAUAAGUAUAGUACACGAAGAUUACAAUACUAAGAGGAAAA